UAAAAUCAGUACAUUAAUGUUUGUUAAGUCAAGAAAAUUCCUUCAAUUCGGGCAAUGAUAUGGAGUUCAUUAUCAAUUGAUCAUAGACAAACUGCUAUACACUUUACUACAUGGAAUAGUGCUGUUAUAAUCCAUGGAGUACACUCAGCUUGUUUUGCUGUUGAUGUUAAUCGACUUAUCAGGUGGAAAUGUAAUAUUGCAUUUUGUGGGAGACAUAAGUUUUGACGGUGCUCCAAGCUACUACCACAGACACGAACAUUGCUCGUACAACGAUUCCUUUGCAAAUGUAGCAGCUGUGUUGAAGCAAGCAGACCUUGUGAUAGGGAACCUUGAAAACUCGUUCAUUCGAGAAGAUAUGAGGAAAGAUGCUCUCAAUGACUUUGUUCCAUUACUGAGCGCUGAACCUAAGACCGUUGAAGCUUUGAAGUAAGUAAGUUAACAGCACAGCAUUAAAAGAUGACAGGAGKAGCCGACCAGGUCUGUUCUUCUAAAUAACUGUUCUUAUACGAUUUUUCUCCUGUGAAAGUGACUUAGAACAAGAUUAAAAAAACUCUUGUUACGCACUUGUGAGUAUCRCUAAGAGAUAUUCKUGAUUUUCCUUCCUGAAAAGGUCGUGAAGAGUUUCCUGGGAAAAUUCCUACAGCCUAUUCCUCUCUGUAAUUUAAAAAUAUAUAUUUCUGAAUGUACUAUUUAGGGUGUGGUAGAGUUAAAAAAUUUUACUGCUUAAAAAGUGAAUGCGACAGCAUGCACUUCUUAGUCUUUGAAU